AGCGUAAAGUAAACAGACAGGCGGCUAAAGCGGCAGCAGGAAAAUCAGGAAUAGCUGGAAAAGCAGCAGCCGUGCAACCGAAGGCACAGCAACAACACCAGUGACGACUGGCAGGCGAAGUCCCACGCUGCUGCUUAAUCAGUUGAACUUUGACCACGGCGGUAACGGGUUCGGUGCGGUGGAGUUUUUUUCAAGCGGGUGUUGUGCGGUCAACGCGGCGUAUGCGCAACGUGGUCAAUUGAUUGCAGAACAAUAAAUGAUGAAUUUCGAAUAUGCUGGCAUAUGGCAGCCACGUGCGCCCAGCUAAAAUGUGACUAAAGGAUUUACAAACCAAAAACAAAAGUCAGACCAUAAGCGAAAAUAAAACAAUAAGAAAUCGCUUAAAUAAAACAUGCAAAAGUUAAUUGGAAAUGGCGCUUGGCAAUGUGGUCGCUUAAAAUGUGCAUAAAUCAAAGCAGAAAAUGCAUUUAAUUAAGUUUCAAAUAACAAAAGAAAACAAAAUAGUUUAGUGGGUGGAAUCAAAAGAACAAUUAGAACCGGAGCAAAACGAUUCAAUUAAAGCAAUGUCAUCCAAUUAAGAGGCAAGUGCAGUGACAAAUGAAAUGAAAUUUAAGCGCUGAUAAAUUGAAUCACAAAUGCAAAACAAUUGACAGCAACAACAAAAAUCGGUAAAAAGUGCAACAACCACAGCAGAAGCAGCAACAGCAACAUCAACAACACCUACAACAAAAUGCCGGCAUCAAGUGGAUUAUAUCGCAUCAAGCAUGGCCGUGUCCUUGACAGGCUGCAAAAACCCACGGCAUAUAUUUUUAUUAUAGCAUACAUUGCGGCAUGCGGCAUUUGCGACCACACAGCGUCGGCGGACGAGGCCUCCUCCACAGCGGCGACGAUGUCGUCGUCAGUGAGGCAUAUAAAUCAAAAUUUAAUUAUGUCACAGGCGAAGGCGGGCGGUGAGCCGGUGCCCGUGCCACUGCCGUUCGCCCAAAGUCAACAGAGUGCCGCAUCCGGCGGGGGCAGCAGCAUCAGCAGCUUCGACUCGACCAACAACGUGAUCGAUGGCCAGCCCACGCCGACGCACCUGCAGGAGGAGCCGCCGCUCCAGACGCACUCCCACUCGCGGAUCCAGGCCAAGGAUACGGCCGGGCCCUAUCCCAUUCCGGCACAUCGGCCGGAGCCCGUGGAGAACCACCUGGAGGCCACCAACGGCAUCGAGGGCGGCGGCAUGGAGAGCCUCUUCGGCACGCCCAUGUACUUCGGCACGGAGAACUCGACGGUGGUCACCACCCAGAUCGGAGCCACCGCCCACGUGCCCUGCACCGUCCACCACAUCGGCGAGGGGGUGGUAUCGUGGAUACGCAAAAAGGAUUAUCAUCUGCUCACGGUCGGCUUAACAACGUACAGCAGUGAUGAGCGGUUCAGUGCCACGCACUUGAAGCAUUCCGAGGAUUGGACACUGCAAAUCAAAUUCGUGCAGCUACGUGAUGCGGGCGUGUACGAGUGCCAGGUGUCAACCCAUCCACCCACCUCGAUUUUCCUGCACCUCAGUGUCGUCGAAGCCCGCGCCGAAAUCACGGGUCCCCCGAUCCGAUAUCUAACUCCAGGAUCGACGCUGCGACUGCAAUGCCGCGUGGUGCAGAAUACAGAGGCCUCCGAGUAUAUAUUCUGGUAUCACGACAACCGCAUGAUUAACUACGACAUUGAUCGGGGCAUUAAUGUGUCAACGGAGCCAGACUUUCAAUCAUCGGAGCUUACCAUUCAGCGGACACGGCGCGAGCACUCGGGAAAUUUCACCUGCGUGGCCAGCAACACGCAACCAGCCAGCGUUCUGGUGCACAUCUUCAAAGGCGACAAUCCGGCGGCCAUGUAUCACGGACAUGUGGGCGGCUCCACGAAGACAAUGCAGUCCCAGCUGCAUAUGAUUAUGAUAAUCAUUGCCAGCGGCUAUCGGAUAUUCCACACGAGUGUAUAUAUGAAGAUCGUGUAGAUGGCCUGGCCGGAGUAGAAGCCCCAUUUGUAACUAUGUCAUCAGCUGGUUACCCCUUUUUGAAGCCCCCAAUCUUGCAUUAGUUACUUCUCUACAACUUGCUAGCGGCAUCGCCCGACAUACGUACUAGCAUACUACAUACCACAUACCACAUACCAUACCUAAAGCCUAAGCCAAAACUAUCAGAAAAGCGAAUCAAACUUAAGAACUCAAUUUCUGUCUCUCUAUAUAGCCGGUGUGUAUGUACACUCUCCUUUUAUAUGUAUGUGUGUGUGUGUGUGUGUAUUUAGUUAAUGUGUAAGUGUCGAACUUAGCCACAGGAUGCAGCUUAUGCCGCACAUGUAUUAUAAAAAGGUAAACUAUUAAAUUCAAAAGAGAUAAAAUAAAGAAAUCCCAUUAAUUCUUAGCUAAGAUCCUGAGCAUGUCAACGAACUGACGUGCAUUUCCCAUAUAGAAUUCAUAUUUUUACAAGUCCCACUCUACGACUAAGAACUUAGUUUCAGCCACCAAAAACACACUCAAUCAUUUGGCCCUGAUUUAUGCUGCAUUGUACAGACAACCACUUAACUGAUUAAAAUGGAUUUAGCUAAAGGAAUUUGGUUCUACUUGAGAAAAGGCUCUUCGAAGAAACUUUCAGAAUUAAGCUGUAAAUAAAUUAUUUGUUAAACUAAAUUACAUACAUAAACUAUUACGUUUAAGAGUGGCUAAUGGUUAUUUGCCAGAGAUGUGCAAACAAAUUUAGGAGUGCGAUAGAAGGUUAUGUUUAUAAGUAUUGCAACAUUUGGCAAGAAGUUGUUAAUCAAAAGAGGAAAACCGAAAACCGAAAACCAAAAACCAAAAACAGAGUAAUCAAAAUAAACUAAUUGUCUAACAUAAGGGAUAUUUAGCAAUUUUUAAUUAGUGGACAUAACUUUUAACUGUCUUAGCAAUGUGCAAAUACAAAGGCAUUUGCGACUAACUAAGUAAAAGGAGAGCUCAAUCAAAAUGGAUUGAGGAAAGCUUCCAAUGUUUGCGUGUAAAUAUCGAUUUGUGCAGCUGCGGAAAUGAUUUCUAGCCCUUAAGUCUGUGUAGUUAAAUGUAACGAAAAUUACCAAACCAAACCAAAUUAAAAAAAAACAACCAUCAUGAGAAAACUGAACAAAUAAAACAUAAUAAAAUUAUGCAAAAUACAAAACCAGGC